UCAACGGAGCACAGAUGUUGCUCUUCUUUCCUUACAAGAGACGUCGCGACGCGUCGCUCGUAAAAUCGAUUAUAUAGCCGCUACCUCAAUAAAGUGACGGACCAAUGGUAAGAAAAGCGCUGAUCCAAUCAAAAGGUACGAUCCCGAAUAAACAUCAGUCGCUUCUGGUUAUCUCAAAAUCUUAUCGUUUCAAUGGAAAACGGAUCUGAAGUGAACAUGAUAUGAUAUUCUUGACAGUACGUAUCUAGCGUCACUCAUCUGUCACUAAUGGCUACCGUAUAUUAUAGUAGCUUUAUUGUUAUUUUACUUUUAUCUCUUUUCAAUAAUGGCGUUGAAUGUUAUCAUGCCGUGGUCGUUAUCCAUGGAGUGCUCACUGGAAGCGACAGUAUGGAACUUAUUAGUAACAGAAUCCAAGAAAUGCAUCCAGGGACACAGAUUUAUAAUACUCCAAGAUACGCUGGAUGGAGUAGUCUGGAGUCAAUGUGGCAUCAAGUGGAAGAGAUAGGCAUGGACGUUAUAUCUGUGGGCGCUGCAUUUCCCGAGGGAAUAAAUUUAGUUGGUUACAGUCAGGGUGGUUUAUUAGCUAGAACGAUACUGCAAAGGUUUCCCGGUCACAACGUUAGAAAUUUCAUUUCCUUAAGCUCACCACAAGCUGGACAAUACGGAACUCAAUUUUUGCAUUUAUUCUUUCCUAAUUUGGUAUGCCAAACUGCCUAUGAAUUAUUCUAUUCAAAAAUCGGGCAACACACCAGUAUUGGGAACUAUUGGAAUGACCCUCAUCAUCAAGAAUUGUAUUACAAAUACAGUACAUUUCUUCCGUACGUGAACAAUGAGAAAAAUUCGACAAAAAUGCCAAUGUACAAACAAGGUCUCACCAAAUUAGAACGUAUGGUGCUUGUUGGAGGACCUGAGGAUGGUGUUAUUACCCCGUGGCAAAGUAGCCAUUUCGGAUACUACGACGUUAACGAAACUGUGAUAGAUAUGCAUGACCGACGUAUUUAUAAGGAUGAUUUAAUUGGACUGAAAACAUUAGAUGAAAGCGGAAGACUUGUUCUUAUUACAGUUCCAAAUGUCCCCCAUUAUGAGUGGCAUAAAAACGUAUCUAUAGUAGAUGAUUUUUUACUGCCAUACUUAGAUUAAUAUAAUCUUAUCGUACAUUAGAUAAUUAAUUUUUACCACAUAAUAUAAGGGAAAUUCCAAAGAUCGAAGAUCUCUAAACGAUAUUAAGUGUACUCAUUAUAUUUAUCAUGUGAAUUUCAUCCUUUUACAUAAUUUUCCACAUGAAGAUAAUUUUCCAAAGACGAACGCGUAAUAAAUAUAUUUCUAAUGUUUCAACACAAAAAAUAUUUAGUACCUUAUA